AUGGAGAAAUACGGUUAUCUGAGAGGUCACUCGUCGCCACGUGAAUUCCGACAGGCUCUCCAAAUGUUCCAAGUGUGACCCAUUCGCGCCUGACACCCCGCUAAAAACCGUUACCAGUUUAGGAGGUGCUCGAAGUGGCGCGCACCGGCGUUGUCGACGUGGCCACUGUCGAGGCGGCUGCACAACCCAGAUGCGCGCAGAUCGACGUUCGACACGUUGGCCGGAGGAAUAAGCGAUUCUGUGAGCGUUUGGUUUUAAAAAAAAGUGCAAAAUUUGGAAUUCUUUGCGGCGUAUACCCUAUGUCUAGGAAGUUCCGCCUGGCCGCUCACCAUAGUUGUAACGGUCUGGCCCGGCGCAUGGGUUUUGAGCGACAUUUUUUUGCUAGCCUAACUAUAAGAAAUGUCCCGUCAUGAAAAUCUUCAAUUGUUACGGAAACUGUUACUUUUCUGCUCGUCACAGUUCGUCAUAGCCGGGCCACUCCGGAUUUUGUGGUGUUCACCCUGAGAAACUCCUCAAAAAUACCGCUCAUUCCAUAUAUGUAGAAGGGAAAAUUCGAAGAACACCAAAUCCUGAAGCCCCCUCUAUUUCAGCCCUCUCGAAACAAGCGAAAUGGGACAAGAAGCACUUCACCGGCCCCGGCGAUUCGCUAGUCCUCAAAUGGUACAUCUCGGACUAUACGGGCGACAUGGAUCGGGUGGAGACGCGGCGGGUUGUCAAGAAGGCGUUCGAGUUGUGGAGCUCGCAGAGCUACAUUCGUGGCGAAAAGAAGGUGAUCGUUUCGUUCAUGGAGGCCAACUCGAAAGAUGACGCCGACAUCAACAUACUUUGGGCCGAGGGCGACCAUGGCGACGAUCAUAAUGUGAGUUUUUCGAGUUGCGAAAGUGAUGCUAUCCUAGUUUUGUGUAUGGACAUGGGCUCUAGUACGGACAAUUGUUGUGCGGAUGAACAAACUGUAUCACGAUUUUUGUGGUAUUCUUGUUGAUCUUCCAUUAGACCCUGACAAAAAGAAUCGAAUUUAAGCGUAAUGAAUGAACGCUUUCAGUUCGAUGGCGUCAACGGAAAGAUAGACGAGAAGAACAACCGGAAGGAGAACGUGCUGGCUCACACCUUCUACCCGGGAUACGCGACGCCGCUCAACGGCGACAUCCACUUUGACGACGCGGAAACGUGGGAGACGAAGGUGGAGCACGUGGAGGGCGGCCGCCGAUUCUUCCCCUACGUGCUCGCUCACGAGAUCGGACACUCGCUCGGUCUGGGACACUCGCGCAAGUCGGACGCUCUCAUGCACCCGUACUACAAGAACGUCCCGCUGGACGAGAUCACGUUGGACGUGGACGACAAGUGCGGAGUCAUUUGGAAUUUUGGUCGGUUUCUAUUGUGCCGCCUCAAAAAAGAAACGUUUCUUUUAGAUGCACAUAUUUCAGGCGGGACAUCGGACUUUUGUCUGUACGUCUGGCUGAUGAGCGAGAUUGUCGAUGCGCACAAUGUGUCGGUCCAUAAUAAUAGUGAGUUAAUGAUUAUUGAAAUUUACACAUCGUUUGGUCUUCAGUCGGUUCAAUCACAACGAGUAGGAGUGGAAAUGGCAGAAAGGUUUUGAAAAGUGAGUUUUACAGUAAUCCAUUUUUGUUCUUACACUUUCACUUUCUUCGAUGACGUGCUAGACGUACUGCGCGAACAAGAUAUCGCGAUCCAACCGAUACUAUCAGUUUCAAUGCAAUUCUCUACCGUUUUCGACACGCAAAACACCAAAAAACUCACUCGAUUUCAGACACGAAGAUCCCAAAGUGCUCGUCGAACAACUCGGACAUCCGCCGUAUUGCCGAGGAGAAAUUGCAAAAGAGUUUGCAGUUUUCCGAGUCGCAAGCCAAGAAAUACAGUACGUGGCCUAACUUUCGCCGCCCCGAGCGUAGCCUAACUUUCGAUUGCAGCCGAGAUCGUGUGCAACUUCCUGGCGGGCCUUCACAUGUGGCGAGCCGGUCCCCAUUAUUCGCCGAUGGAUUCGGCGGAGCGCGAGUUUCGUGGCGUACAGCAGGAAAUGAACACGUUCAGCGGAAGCUCCAGGACGUCGGUGAAGCGCAUGUUACGGCACGCGGAGCAUCUGAAAAAAGAGCAUAAACCCAAUAUGUUCGGUGAGUUGUUUGUUUUUAUCGUCAAAACCUGUAAUCGAACGGCGCCUCUUCAUUCAAGACGCUAUAUCAUGGCUGCCGGAGGAGAUAUCGAAAAGUUGACAACAAGUAUAUUGCUCAUCAAGAAUUUGUGUACAAUUUAUCAGUUGACAACUUUCUGGUAUCUCUAAAGGCAAUUGAAAUAAAUCGCCUCGAAUUCAGAAUAUAGGAAACUCGUCCUAUUACAGGUUUUACCCUACUCAAAGUGCCACGUUUCGGCAAAACGAUUAAUUAUCCUAAAAUCCUAAAACUUCUUUCUUCUUCUCGGCUAUCUGGAACCAUAGUUGGCAUCGGCUAUGACUAAUUAUACAAAAAUUACAAGGCGCCCCCAAACUCUUCAACAACCUUGCCCAUUUUGCAGAUCCCAACUACUUUGACGACGAGUUUUUCGAAAGCUUUUUCAUGGAAUAUCUCAAGUGA